GGAGCUAAACUGAGACUCUUCCUUACAGCGCAAAUGGCUGCGAGUUUCUGCAGAACGACUUGUGCGUUUAUAUGGAUGUUUGCUGUUGUUUCAACCGCUCGAGUAUACCCACCGAACGAAGUGACAUUACUGGACACAAGGACAGUUCCUGGGGAGCUGAAAUGGGCAGCCAAUCCCACAGAAGGAGGGUGGGAGGAGGUGAGCAUCAUGGAUGAGAAGAACAUCCCCAUCAGAACGUACCAGGUGUGUAACGUGAUGGAACCCAGCCAGAGCAACUGGCUUAGAACUGACUGGAUCCCUCGGUCUGGUGCGCAGCGCAUCUAUGUCGAGAUCAAGUUCACCCUCCGGGACUGUAACAGCCUGCCUGGAGUCACUGGCACCUGCAAGGAGACCUUCAACCUCUACUACUAUGAGUCUAACAAUGACAGAGAGCACUACAUCAGAGAGAGCAACUUCCUCAAGAUCGACACAGUGGCAGCCGACGAGAGCUUCACUCAGGUGGACAUCGGGGAUCGCAUCAUGAAGCUAAACACGGAGGUGCGUAAUGUAAAGGUCACAACCCGGAAGGGUUUCUACCUGGCGUUCCAGGAUGUUGGCGCCUGCAUCGCUCUGAUCUCAGUUCGCGUUUUCUACAAGACCUGCCCCCUCAGCAUCCGUAACCUGGCAACCUUCCCAGAUACUAACACUGGAGCUGACACUUCCUCGUUAGUGGAGGUCAAGGGGUCGUGUGUGAACCAAUCAGAGGAAAGGGAAGAGCCUAAGAUGUAUUGUGGCGCAGAUGGAGAAUGGCUGGUUCCCAUUGGUGGGUGUGUCUGUAUCCCGGGAUACGAGGAGAAAGGUGGAGCCUGUCAGGCAUGUAAGGUUGGUUUCUACAGAGCUGUGUCUACAGACGGAGCAUGUUCUGAGUGUCCUCCACACAGUCACUCAGAGAAAGCAGGGGCUACUGUCUGUGACUGCAACCCAGGAUACUACCGCUCUGAGACGGACCCUGCAUCUAUGCCCUGCACACAACCCCCCUCUGCUCCACAGCAGCUGAUCUCAGAGGUCAACGAGACAUCAGUGGUUCUAGAGUGGAGCGCCCCCCUCAGGCUUGGAGGGAGAACUGACAUCAGAUACAGUGUGGACUGCCUGCUCUGCCACGGUCCUGAGAGUUACCCUGGGAGUCAAACCGGGAAUCAAACUCAGAUUGGCAGUUCGUCUGGGAGUGAACUUGGAGAGGCUGGUAGCCUUGGGGGUCCUGACGGGCCUCUUGGGACCCAGCUCUGCCUACCCUGUGGCCCAGACGUCCUCUUCUCCCCCCAGCAUAGCGGCCUGGGGGCCACCAGAGUGUGUGUGAGCGAGCUCCAGGCACACACACGCUACACCUUCACAAUCGGCGCCCGCAACGGAGUUUCCCAAGGCCACACUGCAGGGGCAAGAGAGAGUGUGUCUGUCACUCUCACCACCAACCAGGCCGCUCCCUCCCCAGUCACGUCCAUCCAGGCCAGUGAUGUCACCAGGCACGAUGUGUCGUUGGCAUGGCAACAGCCCGACCGGCCCAACGGGGUCAUCCUUGAGUAUGAGGUCAAGUACUACGAGAAGAAUCAGAAGGAGAGGUCCUACCGCAUUAUGAAGACGGCAUCCCGUAGUGCUGAUAUCACUGGGCUAAACCCACUCACUGUGUACGUAUUUCAAGUGCGAGCUCGCACGGCCGCCGGAUACGGAGAGUUCAGCGCCCCCUUUGAGUUUUCCACCAACUCAGAUCCCUUGCCUCUGAUUGGUAAUGCCGCUAACUCCACCCUUCUCCUACUGUCAAUCAGUGGGGGUGUGGUUCUACUGCUCAUCUCUACCACAGUCUUCAUCAUCAGCCACAGGAGGGGACAAUACAGCAAAGCUAAGCAGGACUUAGAGGAGGAGAAACAUUUAAACCCAGGUGUGAGGAUAUACGUGGACCCCUUCACCUAUGAGGACCCGGACCAGGCUGUCCAUGAUUUUGCCAAAGAGAUUGACGCCUCCAACAUACACAUAGAGAAAGUAAUUGGCAUCGGUGAGUUCGGGGAGGUGUGUAGUGGCCGUCUGCGGCUCCAGGGGAAGAGGGAGAUCUACGUGGCCAUAAAGAGUCUGAAGGCAGGAUACGCUGACAAACAGAGGCGGGACUUCCUCUCUGAGGCCAGCAUCAUGGGACAGUUCGACCACCCAAACAUCAUCAGACUGGAGGGUGUGGUCACACGAUGUAAACCAGUGAUGAUCAUCACAGAGUACAUGGAGAAUGGAUCCCUCAACACCUUCCUCAGGAAACACGACGGUCAGUUCACAGUGAUCCAGCUGGUGGGCAUGCUGCGUGGCAUCGUGUCGGGCAUGAAGUACCUGUCUGACAUGAGCUACGUUCACCGAGACCUGGCCGCACGCAACAUCUUGGUCAACAGCAACCUGGUGUGUAAGGUGUCUGACUUUGGCCUGUCACGAGUACUGGAGGAUGAGUCUGAGGCAGCAUACACCACACAGGAGGUGACUGGGACGUACCACUCUCCAGGGGGGAAGAUCCCCAUCAGGUGGACUGCUCCAGAGGCCAUCGCCUACAGGAAGUUCACUCCAGCCUCUGACACAUGGAGCUACGGCGUGGUCAUGUGGGAGGUGAUGUCAUAUGGAGAACGGCCAUAUUGGGACAUGAGUAACCAGGAUGUGAUAAAAGCGAUAGAUGAGGGUUACCGUCUGCCCCCACCUAUGGACUGUCCAGUUUGUCUGCACCAACUGAUGUUAGAUUGCUGGCAGAGAGACAGAAUACAAAGACCCAGUUUCACGCAGAUCCUCAACAUUCUGGAUAAACUCAUCCGCAACCCAACCACCACACUGAGGAGGACAGGAGGGGAGAGGCCUGUUCCCACUCUAUUGGAACCUGUAGGAGGUCCAGAGUUUGUGUCGGUGUGGUCAGUAGAAUACUGGCUCCAGGCUAUAGGGAUGGACAUGUACAGAGACACCCUCACUGCUGCUGGAUACACCAGUCCUGACAGCCUGCUAACCCUCACACAGCAGGACAUGGCCAGUAUAGGAAUCGUCACACCAUCACACCAGGACCAGAUCCUUGCCAGUGUGCAGCAGGUAUUGCUGUCCCACAUGCAACAAAUACAGGAACAGAUGCAGGACAGUAUGGUUCCCGUCUGAGCCAGUGAAUGGAUAUAAAACAGAAACAGACAUUUGUUUUAAUGAAUUCCAUUUACGUCAUCCAUGCACUUUAGAUUGAGAUUUUCAUAAGGAAUAACGUCAACAAACAAACCCUACAACAGAAAAUAUGAACGGAGGAGAGAAAAGAGGCACUUUUAUAAACCAUAUAACCUUUGAACUAUGCCCUGAGGAUUGACCUGAGGCUGAAGAAGCUGUUUGUUUCAGUGGAACCAACGGAACUUUCCGUCUCUUGUUCUGUUUACUUUUUGUACAUACGUGUCUGUGUAAAAAAAAAAGAAAAUUAACUGCUCUUGAUUAUUUUAUUUUUUUGGUGACUUUAUGACACGACAAUGUUGGUCACAGUCAUCCUGACUUUUAUGUCAUGUGCGAAACGUUUCGGUAGUUUGUUUAGAGUUCGGCUGGGCGAUAUGGCCUUAAAAUCAAUGCUUGGUCAUUUUUUUCACAUAUAUCCAUUUUUAAAAGGUUUUCUCUAAAUAAGCGUUGUUGUAUAAAGAUAAAAUACACUACAUUUCACUAAUUAUUGUAUUAUUUUCAAAAAAAUAGUUUAACCUUCUUUUUUUGCAAUAAUCACUGAUAUGGCUUUCAAGUCUGUCUAUGAAAAUGCUAAUUUUGUUACAAAUGUAAUAACCAGAAGCAUGCAUAAUGCACAUUCAUAAAUAAUGACUAACUUCUUGUAGAAGGCAUCACAGAAGAUUAUAAACCAUCUCUCAAGCACCAGUCCACGUCCUACGGAGUAAUCUUUAUAUUUCACAUUUUGCCAAAUUGGAUUUAUUUGCUAGCUUACAAGGCAGAACAGCUGAAUUGUUAUCGCCUCUCAUUGUUAGGGCAGAAACAUGAGCAUCUCGUCAUUAUAUACAGAUCUCUGGUGUAAAUGGGAAGGUGCACACAGCACAGAGGGAGCGAAGGAGACAAGACCAAAAAGAUAACAUGAGAACAAGAGGAAAUAAGAAGGUUAUCAAAAAAGAUAACUUGAUUUUGCGAUACAGGCAUUUGAUAUAUUGCCCAGCCCUAGUUCAGAUUGGUGCCAAUGUUUUCCGUUCAGAUAAACAUUUGUUUUUGAUCUCCACUACACAAACAGAAUAUAUGUCUCCAAUUUGCCACAUAUGCAUUUCAGGACCACACUACUCAUUAAUCUCUAAUACAAUACAAGGACUCCAACUCCCAUACCCACUAAGGAGUAGUCCAUCCAUUGAACUUUGUUGACAAGUACUAAUAAGUGCUACAUCCAUUCAUCAACAAGGACUUGUAAGUCUAUAGUGAAGCAGAGUUCAAUGAAUAAACCAGGAGUUGAAUGUCCACCAAGUAUGGCCUAAGGCAUUUCAUAUGUCUACGAUAGUCUAUAUAUUGUCAUUGUGCAAAUGUGCUGUUUAUCAUAUCUGAACCGUGACAGAAUGUUGUCAAAUUUUCAGCUGGUAGAGGAGAGAUGUUGUAGCUGUUGUGGAGCUUUGGGCUCUAUCUGAAACAUUUGAAGGAUUUCUGAAAGUCAACAGAAACUUAGGACAAGCUGAGGAAGUGUAGUUCUGAAGCAUCACGCUGUGUGUGUGUGUGUGUGUGUGUGUGUGUGUGUGUGUGUGUGUGUGUGUGUGUGUGUGUGUGUGUGUGUGUGUGUGUGUGUGUGUGUGUGUGUGUGUGUGUGUAUGUGUGUGCGCGUGUGCUUGUCUUUGAGGACCAGUUUUGGAUAUGCAAAGACAGGAAGAUGGAGGAGAGUGUUAUGUGAUAGAAUUUAUUGUGCCAAGCUCUCAAUGCCUUUUUUAUUGAGGAUGAACACACUAACAAUGGUUUUAUCUAGUCAACGAUUAGCAUAUACUGUAGGUAUUCUAUGUCUUUGUAAAUGUCAUUGUUUGAAAAUGAAUUCAGGUACAUGAAGCAUUUCAUUCUAUUUAUAGUCUUCUAAUUAUCUGGGUUGUAAAUUGUAAAAUAGGAAAAUGGAAAAUGACUGACUGACAUAUUGCAUUGUAAUAAAUGUCCAAACUGA